AUGUCAGAAAUUGAAGACAACCUAGCAAACGUGGUAGUUGGAAACUAUUACCGACUGAUCCGUCAAAUUGGAAGUGGGUCAUUCGGAAAAAUAUAUUCGGCAGUGAGUAUUAUUAACGGCGAAGAAGUGGCCGUAAAAGUCGAGAAUUCUCGUUCUGAGCACACGCAAUUGGCAUAUGAGAGUAAAGUUUAUCAACACCUCCAAAAAGACCACGGAAUCCCGUCAAUAAGCGGAUAUUUCCAGCAUAACGGAUACAAUAUAAUGGUGAUGGAACUGCUGGGACAGUCAAUAGAAGAAUUAUUUAAUGUCUGUAAUCGAAGACUCGAACUGAAAAGUGUGUUGAUGUUGGCUGACCAAAUGUUGGAGAGACUUCAAUUUGUCCAUUCCCGUUGUUUUAUUCACAGGGACAUAAAACCCGACAACUUUUUGAUGGGUUUGGGGAAGUAUUCGAACAAAGUGUUCAUAAUCGACUUUGGUCUGGCCAAGAAGUAUAUGAGUGUGUCCACGGGUGUCCACAUUCCCUACAGAGAGAACAAGAGUCUGACGGGGACUGCUCGAUAUGCCAGUAUUAAUGCUCAUUUGGGGGUGGAACAGAGUCGGAGGGAUGAUUUGGAGUCCCUAGGGUACGUCCUCAUGUACCUCAACAGAGGAAACCUGCCUUGGCAAGGCCUCAGAGCUGGGAAUCGGCGACAGAAGUAUGAGAGGAUAUCAGAGAAGAAGAUAUCGACGGCAGUGGAGUCACUCUGUCGGGGGUUUCCCAACGAAUUUGUGAUUUAUCUCAAUUACUGUCGUUCUCUUCGAUUUGACGAGGCCCCCGACUACUUUUAUCUCCGACAACUAUUCCGUAUUUUAUUCAGGAAUAUGAAUUUCCACAACGAUCUGACAUAUCAGUGGACUAAGCUUGUCCGUCACCAAAGCACAGCCAGCAAUGCAUGAC